AUGGAGGUAUGACAGCAACAAAAUCGAAGACAAACAUUUUAUUUCUCAAAGUUUCACUCUAGAACAACUUUUUGCAUUUGUGUAGUGAUUUCUCGAUAGAUGAUUUGAUGAAUGGUAUUGGUAAAUCGAGAGAGGGAAAUUUUCCGACAAGACGGAGUUUGUUUUACUUUCCAUCAUGGCGGAAAUGGUGAAUAGAGAGGUCGGGGAGGAUGCUGAUGGAGUGGACAGGGAUGAGCCAUCCCACAGCGCAAUGUUGGAAAAUCAGAGCGAACAGGAUCAAGAGAGCACUCCCUUAGAAACAUUAGGAGCUGUGGCAGUUAGUGCAAUGUCUGAUGACGGCGCGGGUGACCCCGAUGCGGCGGCCGCGCAGGGCUACGACUCGUACGACUUCUUGCCGCCUCUGCAGCGACUGGAGAAGUAUGCGCUCACGCCGCAGCUCUACAAAAGACCCAGCCAUCCGCAUCGAACUGAUGGACCACAUACCUCACAUAGCAAUGCUGUGCCAUUCUGAGAAGGAGAAGCUUCUGUAUGUUGUGGACCACCUUCUGCCUCUUGUUGCCAAACAGCUAACAGACCCUGAUGAUCAGGUUCGCAAAGCAGCUCAAGUUACAUUACUUGUGUUGAUGGAUCAAUCGCUUGUUGGGCAGUCAGCUGUAGAGGAAGUAGUUUGUCCUGUUGUCAACAUCCUCUCGGGAGCAGAUCAGCACCCAGGGAAAGCUGUCCAGUUAAUGAGCAAAAUGGCCCCAUUUCUUGGUCGUGAGGCUACUGAAAGAUUGUUCCUUUCAAGAUUUUGCGACUUAUGCCAUGAUAGUGAUAUGAAUGUCCGGAAAAUGUGUGCAGCAUAUUUUGGCGAGUUUUGUGCUGUUGUUGGUCAACCUACAACUGAGGAAACUUUACUUGGCAGAUUUGUUGAUCUCUGCCAAGACGAUGUCCCAGGAGUAAGGAAGGCAUGUGCCGAAGUUAUCAUGUCUGUUUCUUGUGCUUGCACUCUUCAAAGACGUAAAACAGUCCUAGCCCCUAUGUUUGUCACAUUAUUAUGGGAUUCAACGCGAUGGGUCAGAUCAUCAGCCUUCAAAACACUGGGGCCAUUUAUAUCAACAUUUGCUGUUCCUAGUGUUGCUGAUCUUGUGUAUAAUGAAAAUGGAGAACUAGUACUAGUUAAUCGAGAAGGCUGUGAAUUCAGAUUAAACCGGAAUGCUGAUAAAGGUGAAGCUGAUGUGGAGGAUGGUUGGGAAGCUGUAGAUGAAUCUAUAAGAUCACAUGUUGAAAGGAAAAAGGCUUUGAAACGGGAACAUAUGCAACAAUCUAAUUUCCUCUCAUCUUCCCAUAAAACCGAUCAAGACUUUGAUAUGAAGGACUGUUGGGAUAAUCUUGAGGAGGAUGACAAUGAUUUAAAUGAAGAUGAGUCCUCUUUAGAACCAGUCAAUCAUGAAACAAACAGUGGAAUGCAAAAUGUGCAAACUGAAGAUUCAAGAGAACUACCUUCCAGUUCUGAUAAUCUUCCAAAUGGGGAUAUCACUGUGAAAGUUGAAUUUGAAAAUGAAGGCUCACAAGACAACCAGUCACCUCAAACAUCUGCCCCCAGUAAGACUGCAUCACGGCAAGAGGCAGGACUGUUCAGUGACUUACGGAAUGCUCUGGAUAUGGAAUAUUCUAGAAGCGAAAGCAGUUCAGACUGUGUUACUUUAGAAACUGAUUUAGAUGAUUACUGGCACAGUCAAGGUGAUGAUGCUAGUGAGAAUUCCCUAGAGAAAGAUUUAAGCAGUUUCUCAUCAACACCCGCUACAACGCCAUCAGAGGAAUGGGAUUUUAAUAGUUUUCAGUACUGGAGGGUGCCUAUACCUGAGAUCCCUAACAUGGAUGAAUUAGCUGAAUCAGAUCUUGGCAAUUUAUCUGUGGAUUGUCCCAGUGACACCACUGUGAAAGAAUGUGAUAUGAAGUCUGAUGAUCUGCUUGGAAAUGAGUUCGCUGACAAAGAUAAUGAAGAAGGCAGGCAAUCUGAUAGUGCCACUUUAAGGUCAGCAGUCCAACAAGAUAUUGUUCCUCAAGAACUAGUAGAAUUGUUUGUUUCAAUGACAAAUCCCCCCCAAGCUCACAUGAUUGAUGUUGAGAUUGCACUGCAUUGUGCAUUUAGUUUACCUGCUGUUGCUCUUACACUUGGCCGUGAGAACUGGAUCUUUCUUCGGAGAACUUAUGAGGCUCUUGCUGCUGACAUGCAGUGGAAAGUUAGAAGAACAGUUGCUUGUAGUAUUCAUGAAUUGGCAGAAAUUUUGGGUGAGGAGUUAACAGCUAAAGAUCUAGUGCCCAUUUAUACGGGACUUAUCAAGGACCUGGAUGAAGUCCGAAUUGGAGCUCUUAAACACCUAGCUGACUUUGUUAGGUUGCUACCAUCUGCCGAGAGGAAAUCCUUCCUAAACCAGUUUGAAAUGUUUCUGGUCACAGACAAUGAAUGGAAUUGGAGGUUUCGUGAAGAGCUAGCCCAGCAGCUCCUGCGAAUCAUCCCUCUGUAUUCACCAGAAGAAACAUGCAACUAUUUGGUACCUGUAGCCAUUGCACUGUUAAGGGACAAAGUUGCUGCAGUCAGAUCAUCAGCCUUAGUUCUUGUCACUGGUCUGAUCAACCAUGUCACAACUGAGGGACCAUUACUUCGUAAGCUCCUACCUCAACUGGCUCAGGAGUUUGCGAAUAGCACAAGAUGGGAAAGACGUCAGGCUUUUGCAUUAUUGUGUUCACACCUUGUGUCUGGUCGUGUUUUGGGUGGUGAUCAGUUUGCUCGAGAAGUGUUGCCAUACCUGUUGGAUUUAAGCUAUGACCGUGUACCUAAUGUUCGCCUUGCUGUGGCUAAAACUGUGGCCUCCGAUAUCAUGGCACAUCAAUUCUUUAGCAGUGCUCAAUCACCUCACCAAGAAGUGCUCAUGCAAGUGUUAAAGAGACUCAUCAAUGAUAAAGACAGAGAUGUGCGUUUCUUUGCUGAUCUCCGUCGUGGAAUGCCCAGCUUCACCCAUCAAUUGUCUGUUUGUAGUGUCAGUCAAAUGAAUGAAUGGCAAGCUGCUGAACAUUGAACUGUCCAGGGAACAUAAUUUUUAAUGAGCUAUAUUGUAUUAAAUUUUUUAUCAUGAUUUUUAAGCCCAAAUUUUUAUCAUGAUUUUGUAACUAGAAUAUUAAAAUUAUCAAGUGAUGUUGUUAUCUAUAAUAAAUAAAUUGUUAAAUAUUGUGAAUGUGCAAUA